CCUCGCCAGCUUUCCGCCUUGCCGCGCACCCACCAGGUCCCCCACCCACCUCGUCUAUUCGUCCACUCCACCACUCUCUCACCACCCAAAAGCAGCACUGCACAGCGCCCGCUCUCAUCCACAAUGCUUGUCACUCUUCGCCCCACCGUUGCUGCCCGCACCGCGUUCCAGUCCUACGUCCGCGCCAUGUCGACCCAGGCUGAGCCCCUCGUCCUCUCGCGUCGCUCCGACUCGGGCAAGGUCCAGAUCCUCACCCUCAACCGCCCCAAGGCCCUCAACGCCCUCUCGACGCCCCUCUUCGAUGUCCUCAACGUCGAGCUCGAGAAGGCCGACGCCGACCCCGAGGUCCGCGCCAUUGUCCUCACCGGCGGUGACAAGGUCUUUGCGGCCGGUGCCGACAUCAAGGAGAUGAAGGACAAGACUUUCUCCGAGGCCUACUCGACCAACUUCCUCGGCUCGUGGGCCAAGCUUGCUACCAUCAAGAAGCCCAUCGUCGGUGCCGUUGCCGGCUACGCUCUUGGCGGUGGCUGUGAGCUUGCCCUCAUGACCGACAUCCUCGUCGCUUCGGAGAAGGCCACCUUCGGCCAGCCCGAGAUCACCCUCGGCAUCAUCCCCGGUGGUGGUGGCACCCAGCGUCUUGUCAAGACCAUUGGCAAGGCCCGCGCCAUGGACCUCACCCUCACCAACCGCAAGAUCACCGGCAAGGAGGCCUACGACUGGGGUCUUGCCGCCCGUCUCGUCCCCGCCGACCAGUCGGUCACCGAGGAGGCCGUCAAGAUCGCCGAGGGCAUUGCUGGCUUCGGUGCCCUUGCCGCCCAGGCCGGCAAGGAGGCCGUCAACGCCGCUGGCGAGCUCCCCCUCUCGGAGGGUCUCCGCUUCGAGCGCCGCCUCUUCCAGGCCCUCUUCGCCACUGCCGACCAGAAGGAGGGCAUGGCCGCCUUCGCCGAGAAGCGCAAGCCCACCUGGAAGCACGAGUAAACCUCUCCCACUAUUGCAUUGACGAGAGCGAGAGAGAGACAGAAAGGUCUAAGACCAAGCAGCAUGCAGCAGUUGUGAUAGCAG